AUGGCCAGUUAUUCGAGAAAUCGGCAAAUGGCAAAAGCUAUGUGUCAUCUUGUGAUUUUCGGGCCAGGGCGUGAUUAAAAAAAGAGUUUUUCCACAAUUUCCUGUGUUUAUUGAUUAAAAAAGUUUGUUUGGCUUGAAAUUUAAUCAAGUGCAAAAAUGAAUACAAUUAUUCGUGCAGGCCAACUCUAAAUAUUAUAAGCCCCAAACGUGUUUUAAAGUUUUUGUUUUAUUUUUCUCCAUUCAAACUCUUAAGCCAUAAAACCAAUACGAAGACGAACUCCAAGUGCAAAAAAACAUCGAUAAAUAUGGCCUUUUUUUAGAAAGCUAACUUUGUAUGCGAAGUUUUUCGUUUGAAAUAAUUUUCUUAAUUAUCCGUGCAAUUUAAAUAGUGUUUAUGUUAAUUAUAGGUAUACCUUUGUAUAUAUUUACGUACGCAUAAUAUAUAAAUGAUUAUGCAUUAUCUAUGUACUAUUAUUACUUUUGUGCAGUUGUUAAAAACCAAAUAAAAGAAAAAAAAAACAUUUAUUGUUUGCUCAUCAAAAAAGAAAAAAAAGAACGACAAAGGAAUUAACCGAGAGAUGGAAUUUUAUUCACUUUUUUUCUUGUAGAUAAUUAAAGGGGAUAAUUCAAGAAAAGAAUCUUUUAUUCUUCAAUUGUGUUAUUAUUGAUUGUUUCUUGAGUACAAGCAGCUGGAAAGGAGCUAAUCAAUGAGAAUGGAAGUCAGCAACAGUAACCACUUGCAAAGUACAUCAUUAAUACACCCGCAACAGCAACAACAACAACAGCAACAACCACAACAACAAACUCACAGCUGCAGUAUAACAUCUCUUAGCCGCAGUAACAGUCCAGCCAGCUCAAAUUCAGAAAUUGAAAAAGAGUUUCAAGACUUAGACUUGAAUAGUUCAGGUAUUGCAAGCAAUAAGAGCAAUGGAACAUCAAGUGGUGGGAGUACAGCGAACAGCAUUAUUAAUAGUACAGCUGGAGUAAAAAAACGUAUCUCAAGUAGUCGAACACCAACAAGAAAAGCCCGACGAAUAAAGUUCUAUCGCAAUGGAGAUCGUUUUUAUCCUGGCAUAACCAUUCCAGUUUCAAAUGAACGUUACAGGUCAUUUGAAAGCUUAGCAGAAGACUUAACAAGACUUUUAGAAGAUAAUGUAAAAAUUCCUGGAGCAGUACGAACUAUCUAUACCUUAGGUGGGAAAAAAAUAUCAAAUAUUGACGAAUUUGAAGAUGGCCAAAGUUAUGUAUGUUCCUGUAACAAUGAACAAUUCAAGAAGAUCGACUACAAUUCCCAACAGAUGGUUAACAAUAUUCAAAAUAAGGCCAACAAUCGUCUGUCGAAAAUAUAUCGGCCAUCGUCACCACUUAAAAAUGGUACAAACGGUAGUCCCAUUCUGAAAGCCAGCGAACGUGAUAUGGUGGUUCAUCCCCGAAUUGUAACUCUUAUUCGCAAUGGGACCAAACCACGAAAGAUAAUGAGACUUUUAUUAAAUAAACGUAACAGUCCCAGUUUCGAUCAUGUUUUGAUCGCCAUUACACAAAAAGUUAGACUAGACACUGGAUGCGUGCGAAAAGUCUUUACCGUAUCUGGAACACCUGUUCUACAGUUAGCCGAUUUUUUCGCUCAUGACUAUGUUUUUCUUGCCUACGGUACAGAACGUGUCAGUCAGGAUGACUUUAAGUUAGAAGCCGAAGAAAAUAAAGUCCUCAAUCAAAAUGCAAAGACGCUUCGCAAUGGCACGGCGUGUAAGGGCCCAAAGCCAAAGAUGCCCGUUAAAAGCAAAAAUAUGUACAUUACCACACACGAAUGUGUCGAAGAGACACUAAACGAUAGUGGCAUUACAGCACAAGAUCUUCCAGCUGAAAUUCGAGACCGUUACGCCUUGGGCAAUGUCAUUGGCGAUGGAAAUUUUGCGAUUGUACUUAAAAUAAAAGACCGACAAACUUCGAAGCCUUUUGCGCUCAAGGUAAUUGAUAAGAGCAAAUGCAAAGGCAAAAAACACUACAUCGAUGCUGAAGUGAGAGUAAUGAAAAAAUUAAAUCACCCCCAUAUAAUCUCAUUGAUUAUGGAUGUUGAUCAGCCAAGUAUAAUGUACUUGGUUCUAGAGUAUGUAAGUGGUGGUGAUCUUUUUGAUGCAAUAACACGAGUAACAAGAUUCUCGGAGGAGCAAUCAAGGGUAAUGAUUAAGCAUUUAGCCGCAGCAAUGGCGUAUUUACAUUCCAUGAGCAUAGUACAUAGAGACAUUAAACCAGAAAAUUUACUGGUUGAACUCGACGACAAAGGACAAGUUGUUGAGCUUAAACUCGCUGACUUUGGUCUAGCUUGUGAGGUAACAGAACCUCUUUUUGCUGUCUGCGGUACACCGACAUACGUUGCGCCAGAAAUUCUUAUGGAAACCGGCUAUGGUUUAAAGAUUGAUGUGUGGGCAGCUGGAAUUAUUCUUUACAUUUUACUUUGUGGCUUUCCACCGUUUGUAUCACCCGACAAUCAGCAGGAACCACUAUUUGACGCAAUCAUAUCAGGUGUGUAUGAAUUCCCAGAACCAUAUUGGUCUGAUAUUGGCGAUGGUGUACGCGAUUUGAUUGCCAAUAUGCUUCAAUCCGAUCCCGAUGUAAGAUUCACUAGCGAAGACAUACUAGACCACUACUGGACUCUUGGUGAAAACUUCGAUUACAGAUGAAUUUAAAUUCCACAAUAUUACAGCUUACUUUAUUAUUAUUUAUACAUAAAUUAUAUCAUUUUAACAAAUUGCUAUUUUAAUUUAAUUUAAUUAAAUUUUCUUACUUCUCCCUACGGAAAAUUUGUCUCUAUUUUUUAGUUUUUAUUUUGCAUCAAUAAAUAAAAGAAAAUUGUUUUGUAUUUUUUGUAGCCCAAAAAUCUUCUGUUGAAUAGCGAUUUAAUUCAGCAUUUUUAUAUAGUAGUUCAUUAAGAAUAAUUUUGCCUAUUUUAAUGUGUAUUUAAAGGCUUCUAAGUAAGAACAGUAUAUGCUUAAAAAAUAACAAUACGUCACUGAUCGUAAU